AUGGCUCCUGGAUCUAUAUUCUUCUUACCGCAUGGAACUCGUAUAUUCAAUCGUUUGGUUCAAUUUAUGAAGAACCAGCAAAUCAAAUAUGGGUUUCAAGAGGUGAUAACUCCAUUGAUAUAUAAAACAAAGCUUUGGCAACAAUCUGGACAUUGGGAUAACUAUAAAGAAGAUAUGUUUAAAGUCCUAGGUAACGAUCCCACAAAGGAAGAGGAUAUUAUAGAUGAUGAUGGUAGUGAAGGACUUCAUGAUUAUGGGUUGAAACCUAUGAAUUGUCCAGGUCAUUGUUUAAUAUUUAGUAGAUUUGAAAGAUCAUAUCAUGAUUUACCAGUCAGGUUUUCUGAUUUUUCAUCAUUGCAUAGAAAUGAAGCCAGUGGAGCUCUUUCUGGGUUAACAAGGGUUAGAAGAUUCCAUCAAGAUGAUGGUCAUAUAUUUUGCGAAUUAGGUCAAAUCAAUUCUGAAAUUAAAAAUACCAUUCAAAUGCUUAAGGAUGUUUAUAAAGUGUUUGGCAUUGAAGGAGAUAACAUUGAGUAUUUUUUAUCAACGAGACCUGAAGAAAAGUAUAUUGGAGAUUUGAUUACUUGGGAUGAAGCUGAGUCUCAAUUGACAGAUGUACUUGAUGAAAUAGUGGGAAGAAAGAAAUGGGAAAUCCGUGAUGGUGAUGGAGCAUUUUAUGGACCUAAGAUUGAUGUUUUAUUAAAAGAUGCAUUUGGAAAGAAACAUCAAGUUGGUACUAUCCAAUUAGAUUUCAAUUUGCCUGAAAAAUUUCAUUUAAAAUAUAGGUCAGCCGACGGUUCUGAUCUGAAUAGACCAAUAAUGGUUCAUAGAGCAGUUUUUGGAUCUCUUGAACGAUUCCUCGCCAUUUUAUUAGAUCAUUAUCAAGGUAAAUGGCCAUUUUGGCUUAAUCCCAGACAUGCAAUUGUUUUACCAGUUAAUCUGACUCAUGUGGAAGCUGCUGAAGGCAUUCAAAAGCAAUUAGUUGGUGAUAUUUUAAAUGAUGAAGUACAAGUUUCUCCAAUAACCGGUUAUAACUUUUAUGUGGAUGUGGAUAGUAGGAAUGAUACUAUUGGCAAUAGAAUUAAAGAUGCCAUUCAAAAAGGAUACUCUUAUAUUAUUAUGGUCGGUGAUAGAGAUAUUGAGAAUGGAACUGUUGCCAUUAGAUCCAGAGAUAAUAGGAAAGUGUCCAAUAUGACUCCCAUAGAAGUUAGAAACAUGUUUAUUGAACUUGAAUGUCAAUAUAAGUGA